AUGUCGAGGCCGCAAGUCGAGGCAGUUUCGAAAGCCUUUGGUGAUACUCUGUUAGGAGCAGGGUUCGAUAUCCUCAAGUCAAAAGCUGGAGACCAACACCCAGCAGGGCCACCUCAACAUGGUGCCAUGGGACAGGCCGAAAGAGCUUUCUCUGCGGCAUCGACCUUCCCUCUCGGGGGGUAUUGGCGUAACAUAAGCGCUUCGCAAUUCAUAGGCGCUCCGCUGAAGCUCAUUGAUCCUAAAUUCUACGAUGGAUACAUGGCAUGGACCAAAGAGUCUUUUGCUGUCCUUACUGCGACCAUGACCCAAUGGUGGGCGCCUACUGCUGUCAGAGUUACCGGAGACGAAAGUAUGAAGGAUCAGCUAUAUCAAAUGGAGGACGGAAGUCUUCGAUGCAAUUUCCCUCAUCGUCUUGUCAUGAUGGCCAACCAUCAGCUGUAUACUGACUGGCUGUAUCUCUGGUGGAUCGCAUAUACCAACAAGAUGCAUGGCCGCAUCUAUAUCAUCUUGAAGGAGUCUCUAAAGAAUGUCCCCAUCUUUGGCUGGGGUGCACAAUUCUACAAUUUUAUCUUCUUGUCGCGAAAGUGGGAGACUGACAAGAGUCGAUUCCAACGGCACCUCAGUCAACUCAGCAAUCCCAAAGAUCCCAUGUGGCUACUAAUCUUCCCGGAAGGCACAAACUUGAGCGAGACCACUCGUGCGAAGAGCAAAGCCUGGGCGGACAAGCAGGGUAUCAACGACAUGAAGCAUCAACUACUGCCUCGCAAGACUGGACUUCAGUUUUGUUUGCAGCGACUAAAGGAGUCAACGAAUUGGUUAUACGACUGCACAAUUGCAUACGAGGGACAGGNNGAAGGUCAGUUUGGACAGGACAUCUUCACGCUGCGUUCUUCGUUCUUUGAAGGACGUCCACCGAAGUCCGUCAACAUGUACUGGAGAAGAUUCAAGAUAAGCGACAUCCCAAUCGACAACGACGAAGCUUUCGAGAGAUGGCUUAAGAAUCGCUGGACCGAAAAAGAUUACCUCUUGGAGCACUUCUAUCGCCAUGGCUCUUUCCCUGCUGGAUGCCCGAUCAAAGCCAUGCAAGCCGAAGCUGCACUGCAAAAGCUUGCAAAUGGUAAUGGUCACGGGGAAAAGAAAGUCAUCAAGCCAGUUAACAAGACUGCCAAGUUCAUCACUACCGAAGUCAAGGCAGGUGGAUGGGAGGAGUUCCUCGCUAUCUUUGCCCCCAUCACUGCCGCUGCAACAGCACUCUCGAGUGGGGACAUAGCGCCUGGGAAUAUCGACUUUGACGCAUUACUAAACAAAGUCGCCCAGCAACAGCAAUUGAACCUGCUCAUGACAGGGAAAGCCCCAAAGGCACCACAAUCGACCGAGGACAUGCGACAAGCUCUGACGUAUGCUGCGAAAUCAGCAGGUGGUCAACCGAUCAAAGGAUCUACCGUAGAGAAGAUCACAAGAGAUGCCGCUCGGACCCAAAGAGAGAUUGAAGACUCUAUGAGAAAGCAUCCUCUACCAGAGCCAAGCGAGAAGCCAACAGCUGGACGAAACCUCGACCCUAAGCUGAAAAACACGAUUGAUGGCGUACAUGAAGAGACACGGAAGCGACUUAUGCGAGCCACGCAGACAGCGUCUCCAAAACCAGCACCAAGCGUCCGCAAGUCGUUACCAAUGACACCUACAGAAACUGCCAUCACACGACCUCUGUCGACAUUAGCGAUGGCAAAAGCCAAACAAGGUGUACAGAAGAUUGCCGAAAAUAAGCAGAAGCAACGAACAACGCCUGGUGCGAGCAAGGCAGGAACAUCGGCUUCAUCAGCAGCGACAAAGCAACCAGCUCAAGCAUCAAGUGCUAGCAAGAAGUCGGGUGUAUCCAAUGUGACUGCAGCCAGUAGCAAGACUGCCAGUUCGAAAGCUCCUCAGAAGGCAGCAUCCAAAUCAGCGCCUGUCAAGAAGGCCACAGCAUCAUGA